UUCUUUGUAUGUUUGGGUGUAUUUCACACUCAUUUGUCCCACCCAUACCCAGGAACUCAGACAUAAAUAACCACUCAGUUCUCUUUAAAACCUUUUUUGGCAAUGCCCUUAAUUUUAUAAAAUCUACAGGUAAGGCUUUUGGUUAAAAAAAAAGUUAUCCUAAAUUUAAGGGUAUGUAAUUUAACCUUCUGUCAGGCACAGAUAAUAGUAGCACCUAAUCAAAAGGAAAUUUAAAACAUUUUACUACAGUGUUUGGAUUGAAAUAUUAUAAAAGUAAAAAAUCAUUUUAAAAAAUAAUGAAAUUUAGAAUGUGUACAAAUCCAAACACAGGGUGUUGCUGGUAUUAAUUCAAAGAACCAUUAUACAACUGUUAAUUUGCAAAAGUCUGUCAUUUAAAGUUAUUUUGACAGUUAGACUAUAAUGCUGACAAAUUUCUAUUAAUCACUAAAAUCAUAUAAUUAUAUAAAAGUAAUUAAAAGCAAAUGUAAUAAAAAUUCGAGUUUUAUUUUUUAAAAUAACUUAUGUUUUUGAUCGUUGGUGCGGACUUUCAAAGUAAUUCUCUUCCCCGUCUCUUCUUUUUUUAUGUCGUCUGUAAUCUUUAAAAAUAACUUUUUUGCAAUGAAUCUGACGAGAUAAGGCUAAGGCUAGUAACAUAAUGAACAUAAAAAUUAUUAAGUUUUGAAAUAGAACUAUUAAUUACUUGAUUUUGUGAUAGGGCAAAGAAAUUGUGAACAUGCAAUAUUUACAACAGAUUUUUAUUAAAUUAAUACAUUUUUAAUAUCUUUACUUUAACUGUGAAUAGACCUUGUUUUUAAUGACUUAACUGUAUAAAUUUAGCUCUUGUGAUACGAAGGAAGAAUAACCCCUGAGCCGGUAUGCCAAAAUACAAAUACAAAAUACAUACAUGUAUUUCUGUCUGUUUGAUGUACUGGUAUUCUUGUUUGAGAUGUUGUAGGAAGUUUUAGAUAAUUUGGGGUCUGUUCUCUGGUAUUGUGUUUGCAAUUAGGCACUGGCACUAUCUGCCAAAUUUAAACUUGUUUCAUGUGGGUUUUUAGACAACAUUGUUAACAAUGUAAAGCCUGUUGUCCUUUUUUCUCCCUAUACUUGGGUGGGGUUAUGGGGUGCAGCUUCAGUAUUCCUUCUCUUUUGUCAUUUAUCAACAUUUUGUUCCCUGGUAUCUACUAAAGCAUGUUAUUUUAAAAACAUGUUCUAGUCUAUUUAUUAAUGAGAAUUAGCAAGCUUGAUUUAAAAUGUAAAAUCUUAUGUUUAUUAUGCUUUGAAUAUUAGUGUAGUGCCAAGAAACUUUAAAUUAAAAAAAAAAACAGCAUUUCAAGACCAAUUUUGGUCUGGCGGAUAAAGACUAAAUAUGGUUAAUUUAAUCUAAAACAAAAAAUUGGUUUCUUGGGUGUGGAUAAUUUUUGCAUCUAAAAUGUAAUAUGCAUAGAAGACUAUAUGAUUAAGUCUUCGCUUUAAAGUUUAAGUCUUUAGCCAAUAGAAGAAUUGAGAUUUAUAUUUUAGAACUAGAAUUUUAGUGUACAUGAUUUAUUAGGCUAAAUAAUAUUAUUCUUAAUUAAAUAAUUAGACUAAUGUUGAUAAUGAAACUAAUAAAUCAAAACAUUCAAAAUAAUAUUUUAUUUAAAUAUGUAAAUUGUAUAUAAAGAUUUCAUUGGUAUAAAAAAAUGUCUGGAAUUCAUUUUUACAAAAGUAGAAAUUAAAAUGUGUGAAUUAAAUAAACAGAUGUGCUUGAUAGAAGGUUAACAAUCUUUUUUGUUAAGAGGUGGGGAAAUUUUCACUGAAUUACUUUCCUAUCUAUGCUGUUAACUAGGGAAUUUUCUGUUUUCACAAGUCCAAUCUCUGCUGCCCUCCACCACAAUCGGGAGGUAGGGGGGUCUUUUUUUUUUAAAGAUCUAUUUCAGAUUAUGGUGGAAGAACGGUGAGUACUUAACAAAGCCUAUGUAUGUCAAUUAUUUUUAAAAAUAAGAUUUUUGUUUUAAUUUAAGACUAUGGGUAUGAUGAAUACAUUUAAACAGUUUUAUAUGCAAUUUUAUUUUCAUUUCCAAUCAUAUUUUAGUGAAAGGAAAAAUUUAAUAUUUGUUUGAAAGUUUAAUUUUCUUUUUGAGGACAAGCAAAAGUGGUGUGAUUGUUUAGAUUCAGAGUGGUGGCUAAAUUAUUGUUAGCUAUCUAUGGUUAACUUUGUGUGUGUUUGUAGUCAUUUUAGUCAACAACCUUUUUAGAGUUUGAGUUGGUUCAAUUCUGUAAUCCAUGUACACUACCUAACUGGCUUUACCAGUGACCUUUUUAGAAACUUUUGAUAGAUUAUCAUUGUGCCCUCACAGUUUUUGAAAGAAAAUUUCUCUGUUCAUUGCUCAAUGAAAAUAUUCUUUACCAGUUUAAACAAAAUUGUGAUCCCUCUGACAGUUCACAAUCAUCCACAAGUUCACUAUACAAUUUUAUACUUUUUUCUAAUGGAAUUUUAAAAAUUAAAGCUUGACAACUUGUUGAUUUCUGUCGCUUCAACUUGAGUGUAAAAUUAAGUAAAGUUCCUUUAUUAGAUUUUCACUACUUAUAAAAGGCAAAUAAUCUAUUAGAAUAUUGAGUAGUGCUGCAUAAUGACAAAUGGCUUUCACUUUGGCUUUUGUGUUGUGGCAGCAGUCUGAUUAUCUUUUGCUUGACUGCUUUCACCCUCUAUCAAUCAAAUCUAUUCUCCCUGGCUCCCAGCAUACACAUUUCUUGGAGCCACAAGUUGUUAUCUAGAAGUAGGAUCAAAUGCCCACACAUUGCUUUCCUAUCCCACACACAUACAAAAUUUUUAGCACCUCAGUUCCUGCUCUUAUAGAAAGUACCUCUGCUUUUCUUCAUUUAAUAGUACAUAUUGGAAGGAAGCAUCCAAGCUCUCUCCCAAAACACACACUGAUAUUUCAGUGGCGCUUAUAUGUAAAAGAAUCUUUGGUUCGUCAGUUCUAGACAUGGCGCUUACGUAAAAGAAUCUUUGGUUCAUAGUUCUAGAUCUGGCGCUUACAUGUAGCCCACUUCCCCUAAAUCUAUUAUCAAGGAUGUGAGACAGCUAUCCAGGUGUCAGGAUUUCUCAUCUAUGGAUUGGAUGCACUUAUGUCAGGCAUUCUUUUGUUCUCAGUGGAUCCUCUGUGUAUUGGUUGUAACUGUGGCCUCAGUUUGGAACAUAUUCUAAUUAGAAAGUAGUUGUGAAGUUUUUGAAAGCCUGUGCACACUUGUUUGACAGUGUAAUGGCGUGAUGGACUUUAUUAGUGAUAUAGAGUUAAUGCCUAAACUCUAGUCUAAAAUAUUUAAUAAAUCUGUUGAUCUGUUGACAACAGAUUUUUAUUAUUAUUGUAGAAUUAUUCUUUUUCACAUGUAAAUUGUCAUGUAUUUAUCUUUUUAUAAGAAGUUUUAGGAUAGAUAGUGACUUUGAAACACUAGAUGGGCAUAACAUAAUAUAAACAUGAAAAGAGAAAACUUCUUUGCCUCUUCAAUUGUAAAUCAUAAAGAUAAAAUAAUAACAGCACUCCCCCCACCCCCCCCCUUUUUUUUUUUUCUUUUCCACCUUUUUUUCCCCUUUAAAUACAUAAAGGGAGAAAGAGAUCAUGGACUAAUAUACACACUCUGAGAAUAGUUUGGCUCCUUAGUUCCAAACCUAAAUCGAACGCAUUUGAUUUUCAUUUUUCUCUGAUGAUUCACUUUAAUAAUGAGAUCAACUUUUCACACUAGCACAUAUGUAUUAUUGAGGCUUCCCAUAGUAUGUUUACAUGAAAGAUCUACUAAGACUGAGUUCUAUUACAUUAAAAUAAAAUAUGUCAUCAUAACUUAUGAAACUUAUUAAAUUUCUUUUCCAAUUAUUAUUUCUUAUUGACUAUUACAAGUUUUAAAACAAAUAAUGACUCUGUAAAAAGAACAUUAUAAAACAAAUAAUGGUUACAUAAAGCAUAUGAGCUUCCUAAAAUCGGUGAGCAGAUAGAACCUUUUUUUAAACAGGGGAAAUAACCUAGACUUGUAAUUCGUUAUACGUAUUUCUCCUGAUUACUCCCCUUCCGAUUAGUUUAAAAAUAGAACUCUAUCUGGUUAAAACAUAAUUUGGUUGGCUUUCAAAACGAUUGUAAUAAGAAUAAGAACACCGUUGACUUAUUUCCUAUGAGGUAAAAUUUGAUUGGCCAAAAUCUGGCUGCCACCAUUACAUUUUGUUGUAAAAUCUGGCUAUCACCAUUACAUUUUGUUGUAUUCGAGAAACACAAUUUCCACAUCAGAACAAUAUGCUUUUUUUUAAAUCUGUCAUUUCUUAAUAUGUUCCGAUGGACCAAUCUAAUUUCAUGCCAAUUUUCGUAACAUACAAAGUUAGCAUUCUAAUGCGCAGAUUUUGGCGCAGGUGUGGGUGAGUAAAAGUAGGCUGUGAUUCACCUGGUAUCUCUCCAAACAAUCUUAUGAAAAUAACCGACACUUUGAACGUCUUGACGUAUUUUAAACUGCGAGUGCCUAGCGAACCAGGUGACAUUAGCCUCUCACCUUAGCUACUCGUUUCCAUUGUGCUCGAAAAGUUUGGCUCACGCCAAUAGAUUCCUCACCCCCUCACUUUCAUUUUGUCUUUGGUUAUUCUUGUCAGUUACGUAAUUCGUCUAGGCACUCUCCUUUUGACGUUUUCUUAGUCCAAAGUUGUUGUUUUUAGGAAGGGUUUUUAAGUGGCUUCUUCCAAAGUUCGCAGCUAAACCAUGUUGGGCGGAGGCGGAAAGUGCUUUUGUACUGGACGUCUUUAGAUUAAUCUCUCGACUAUAUACUGUCUGAGGGCAUUUCAAGACAUCGAAUAAAGCUAUAUUAUAUACAAAGGAAAAAGGGGGGGGGGCGAACGUUUCGAGUGAGGCCGACAAAAACAUUUUUAGUGGCGCCAAAUUCAGUGAUUUGGUAGGGGAUAACUCCAGUAUCGCAUUUAGUCAUGGUUUAGACGUUUUGUUCAUACACGACCAAGAUGGACCGUGGGGUGGGGUGGGGGGGGGACAUAACAUGACAUAAUCACGUUGUUUGUCAAGCCAUUUCAAUUUGUAGUUAGUCCUAUUAGCUAGACCAUUUUGUUUUACACUUGUCCAGUGAACGAGAUUCGGAUGUCUGCUAAUAAUGUACACUAACCCUUAGAUAAAAUUGAUCAUUGUAAAGUUUCUACUAAGCGACUAAUGUGUGGCUUACUGUUGAAUCUACACUCUUUCCAUUUGGUCUGAUAUCAUGUAUAUGUCUAGGCUUCCUUUGCUCCCCAAAAUACUUUGUUCGCCUACCUCCACUCCAGCCGUCUCAGCCUGAGCGCUGAGAACUUUAAAAAUAACUCUUGGCACACUUCCCUCCUUCAGUCCUAUCUAGCCCUUCUCUAUCUGACUGCUCGGGUCUCUACUCACUGUGUGCUCACGUACACGUGCCUGCUAAAUGUGUUACGUGUGUGAGCUCGACAUUCUGCUCAGGUAACAAGCAGCAACAGAAGCCAGAGGCGAUACCACAGAUACGGAGACUCAAUGUUCAAGUUAUAUAUCGCCAUGAACAAACAAUAUGUGGGCUCAAGACGCUUUGAGAACAUGAUACUAUAACAAGUAUAAAAGCAAAACUGAAAAAUAUUUUGAACAUAAUGUUUUUGUAGAACGUAGCGAUGUGCGAUAAUUAAACAAUUAUAUCAGUGGAUUCGAGUUCCAAAACCUUUGGCCUACGUAUUUUUGGCGCGAGAUGUUUUGACGGCAAUUUAUAAAACACAAAACUUUUUAUAAUACACUUUUUUCCCACUAUACUAUAGGUUCUAGUUCCCCUAUAUAUAUACUAUUCAAUUCUGAGGGAACAUCUGAAGCAUGUAAAACAGAUACAAACAAUGAAGGUCAGAUUCCUGAGUCCAUGAUAUCCCCCACCCCCAUAAAUAAUAGUAUUCUUUUUUUUUUCCUUUCUUUCUUUCCAAUCUAAUGGACACAAGUAACGAUUGUUCUUUACACAAAAAAACAGAUAUGAAGCACUCUUUAUAAAAACAAUAAAGUGAACAUAUAUAAUGUGGCCAAAACAUUUUGCGCCUAAACGUCCCGCGCUGGUAUAUCUGCUUCGGUAAGCUUUGAUGGAAAAACUAGAUAAGACAAUGAAACGCAGGGACAAAAAGUGAUCAGCUCACGGAGGUUACAUUUCAUUAUUAUGUAAGCACCGAUGACCGUUUGAUACAGAGCUUACAUCCAUCUGUUACAGACACCUAUUGCUUUUAUUACUACCACGAAAGGAUAAGCUUUUAUUUACUUGAGAAAAAAAAAGAGGCUUUUUUCAGUUUUAAUGUAAUAAAAUGAAGAAUUGAGUUACACCGAAAGAAGUUAUCGUGAUCAUCCAACAGUAAUUCGUGACUUAACUGGUAGACGCCCUUGCUCUAUCUGACAUAGCUUACCGUUAACCUAGCAAGAAGUGCGCAAGGGAAGAGCUAACCAGAAAGUGUGUGUGUGCGCGUGCUGCCUGGGCAGGGGUGCAGCUGUUGGGCCCUCGCUCUCAUUCUUGAAACCUACGUUCAGGUUCUCCGUGCUGGCGAAGAUUCCCGGUGCCAGAGCCCAGAAACACUUACCGUUAGAUCAGUCAGAGAGCACACUGUGGUGUGAGAAGUGAUGAGAGUGGAUGGGCGUAGGGUGACUGGGGGCGCCAGAGAAUGGAAGAAGAUGCCUGCCUAUAAUUAUAGUUCUCGAUACGCCCUUAACGGCGACAAGGACCAGGGAGAGAGUGGAGGGGGAGGAAGAGGAGAUGAAAAGUCCAUAGAGGAUGAUGAAGACGGCCAUCUCAUCUAUAGGGCCGGGGACGUCCUUCAGGCUCGAUAUGAGAUUGUUAACACUCUUGGUGAAGGGACUUUUGGCAAGGUUGUAGAAUGUAAAGAUUUGCACAAGGGCACUAAUGAGCGCCUGGCCUUGAAGAUCAUUAAAAAUGUUGAAAAAUACAGGGAAGCAGCUAAGCUGGAAAUCAAUGUGUUGGAGAAACUCAGGGAACGUGAUCCACAAGGAAAAUACUUAUGUGUACAAAUGCUUGACUGGUUUGAUUUCCAUGGGCACAUGUGUAUUGGUUUUGAUAUGCUGGGUCUCAGUGUUUUUGACUUCCUUAAAGAAAAUAAUUAUGUUCCCUAUACAUUGGAACAAGUUCGACACAUAUCCUAUCAGUUGUGUUAUGCAGUAAAUUUUCUGCAUGAGAACCAGUUGACCCACACAGACCUUAAGCCAGAAAACAUCCUAUUUGUUAAUUCGGACUAUGACACCUACUUCAAUCCCAAAAAGUCACCUUUUGAGUUUGCUGAGAAAUGUCACAGCAGAUUGUCUAAAAGGGAUGAAAGGCGAAUCAAAAACACUGAUAUAAAGUUAAUUGACUUUGGCUCUGCCACAUUUGACCAUGAGCACCACAGUACUAUAGUUUCAACUCGGCACUACAGAGCACCAGAAGUUAUCUUAGAACUAGGAUGGGCCCAGCCAUGUGAUGUUUGGAGUAUAGGUUGUAUUAUGUUUGAAUUGUAUACUGGAUACACUCUGUUUCAGACCCAUGAUAAUAAAGAACAUCUUGCCAUGAUGGAAAGAAUUUUAGGUUCCAUGCCUUACAGAAUGACUAAAAAGACAAAAACCAACUACUUCUGGCAUGGCCGACUUGACUGGGAUCCAACAACUUCUUCUGGUCGCUAUGUUAGAGAAAACUGCAAACCACUAUAUCACUAUUUGAAAGAUAAAGGCCAGGAACACAUUCAGAUCCUGGAAGUAAUAGAACAAAUGCUUGAAUAUGUACCAGAGAAUCGGAUUACCUUAAAGGAAGCCCUCCGCCAUGGGUUCUUUGAGUCCAUUAGGCACAAAGAGCGAGAGAAUACGCUCAUGAGUGUUCCGAGGGAUUCUUUGUCUGACAUCUCACUUAAUUCUAGUAGUACUAACACGAAUGAGCUUGCCACUAGUGAUAACUCUAGUGUAGUGCCUGAAAAUAGUUUGCCUUCUACUAAUUCCAUUAACAAUUCUGCUGCGGGGGAAGUCGUAGGAGCUGGGGCUGUCCAAGGAUUAGAAGCCUCAGCAAGCAGUAUAAAUUCCGGGACCAGCACCACCAACGACCUUCUCGCCAAGAAAGACGAAGUGGAUGGAGCUUUUUCUGGACUUGCCGCUGCUGAAGCCAAACGUCGCAAGUUCAACAAACUCAGCCGUCAUCAUACCAUGGAGGAUCCCACUGACAUGAGUGACUUUCAGCAGCUUGGAGAUUCACUGGAAAGUAUUACCCCCAAAGGAAGAACCCAGAAACCUGAGACUGUUGAAGUUUCUAAAGCAGAGGAAACAAAUGUUGCAACUGACAAAAGUUCAAGACGAGCUCUUCGCAUGGAGGCCUUAAAGCAUGCGAAGACAAUGGAUUAUGGUGAGUUAGGGCAUGUAGAUUAUGAACCAGAAGAGGAACCAAAAAGUGUUUUGGACAGACCAAUUCCUCGCCAGAGAACAGAAUCAAAAGGAGAGCCCCCGGUUACAGCCAGAAGACGCAGGCGAGAGAAACAGUUUCGGGAAAAGACUCCUCCGGGUAUCCAACAGAAACCCUCUUUUGAGAGCUCUUUUGAUGAUGAAGUGUUUGACACACCUGUUUCAAUGAAGGUUGGUGACUUAACUAGCUCAAUAUUAAACCCAAGUGCAUCAGAAUUUGUUCCUAAGUUUGUUCGUCGACCUGCAUAUGAAAUCAUUGAGGCAGAAAAACAGAAAGAUGCAAAACUUCAUGAAAAACUCAAUGCAGAAAAAGCUGAAAAAGCGUUAUCCUUGCCUGAACAGAAAUCUGUUACAUUGUCUAAUAUGAAGUUCCCAGGCAAAGAUGAAAUAAAAACUCAGGAGUCUCAAACUAUAUCUGAUCGUAUCACAAGGAUUUUCAUGGAGAAGAGCACACAGACUCCAGACAACUUUUAUCCACCUAUACCAACACAGGAUAAAGCCAUAGAUGCCAAUCAGUUCUCUGAUGGCGGUAACUCUGUCAGCAGUCAGUGGUCCUUUGACUCUACAGCCGAUCUCAGUUUGGAAUUAGAGGAUGGUGACGGUGAGGCUAAAGUUCCUGCCAUCCCUCCUGGCAAACCACCUGUAACAGUUGCUGGAGCUGUGACUCCAAUGUUAGCGCCACCAUCUGAAGUAAGUAAACAAGAUACCAGCACAACUGUCUCGGUGAGCAGUGCAUUGGUUCAGUCACCAUCCAGCACUGCUCCAGUUAUACCUGUUAAGCAACAAACCACUGUUGACAGUAGCCCAGGAAAUUUUGUCCUACUUGAAAGUCCUGUUGUGACACUUCCAUUACUCAGAGCUCCAGCCCCUAUCAGAGUGGUGAACCCAACAACUCUUCCCCCUGGACAGGUUGUUAGGGCACCUCCCCCACAGAUUGUUAGGUUACCACAACCACCACCUUUGCAACAUGUACCACCUGUGGCCCUGGUUCAAACUGGUCCUCCAUCUGUUCCACCUCAACAGGGAAUGUCUCCAUUGUGGAGUGAAAGUCAAGGAGUGGAUUCUGGGAAUGAAGUUGUACUACCAAAGCUGGAGAAGGCAAGAGCUAGGAGAAGACGAAGGAUGGAUAGAAAAAAGAAGGGUGAGGGUGAUGGUCCUGAUGUUCAAAAUGAGAAUACUCCUGUAGGAGAAGAUGCAUCCAAUGUUGAGUCGUCAAAAACUAAAGGAGCAGAUGAAAAAAAAAAACUCCCCCAGCUAAUCAAUGCGAAUGCCAAUGAAAAUAAAGCUCCAAUGGAAGUGAUAAGGAAGUGUAGUCUGGAGAGUAAUGGUUCUGAUGUGUUUGUUCUGGCAUCUGACAAUAUAGAGAAUGACAGAUGAUGAACAGAACUCAAAGUGUAUAUUGCAAACUAGCUUCAUUUGUACAUCAUACACACCCUCCCCUCAGCAUUUUGUACAGA